CCUGCUGUCCGUAGCUGUCCGUCCCCCACCAACACCAACACCGCAACCAUCGCCACCUUCCCAAUUAACAUACCACUUCUAUAGCUUUGAGCCUUCUUUUCAGCUUCGAUCUCCAUAUUAGGCUCGACAUCCAUUCCGCGACAUAAUGUCUUCGAUCAGAAACGCCGUGCAACGGCGAGUCCAUCGCGAGCGCGCGCAGCCGAAAGAGCGACAACGUCUCGGCCUCCUCGAAAAGCACAAGGACUACUCCCUCCGAGCCAAAGACUUCAACAAGAAGAAAGCGCAGCUGCGCGCGCUACGGCAGAAAGCCGCCGACCGAAACGAGGAUGAGUUCUACUUCGGGAUGAUGUCGCGAAAGGGCCCCGGCCACGCGCUCUCGCAAGGCAAGCGGUGGUCGGGCACGGUCAACGGCGACCGCGGCAAUAAGGCUAUGGACGUGGAUACCGUGCGCCUCCUCAAGACCCAGGACGUGGGGUACAUACGGACGGUGCGCAGCACCGCGCUGAAAGAGGUGAAGGGGCUCGAGGAGAGGGUUAUCGGGUUAGGAGGGAGUGUGGAUGAGGACGAUUGGGAGGGUUUUGAUAAUGACGAUGAGGAGGAGCUGGGGUUUGGCGGUGCGCCGAAGUCGACGAAGGCGAAAAAAAUCGUGUUUACGGAGGGCGCGAAGGAGCGGGAGGAAAUAUUGCAACAGAAAGAGACGGAUGGAGAGGAUAUGGACGUCGAUGGAGACGAGGAUGGUGACGCUGAAAAGAACCCGGAAGCACUACGAGCCGAACAACGACAAAAGCUCCUCGAGAAACUACAGAGAAGACUACAGAACGCGCGGAAGAAGCUUCGGAUCCUCACGCGGACAGAGCACCAACUAGAGUUGCAACGGGCCGGGAUGGCCAAGACAGCUACGUCUAUGAACGGUGUCACUAAGUCCGGCAAGAAGUUCAAGGUUCGGGAGCGGAAGCGAUAAAGCAAUUCAGUGUCACGGAUAAAAAAAAAUGGAAAAAGGAGAAUAAUACGACGACAGAAAUGGCGGUCAACGAAAUCGGAAUCUUCUUCCUUUUGCUUCCAUUAUUACAGGCGGCGUUCAGGCACCAGGGUUCUCAGGUCGUCUAGAGCUAUGCGAUACCCAGAAAGAAAUAGACCCAUUCCCAUAUAUACACCCAAUUCGGUUGACUCCCGAGCACCGACCGCCUUUCCCGGG